GCUAUGGUGGACGGCCUCGGAAAGGCGGAGUCGGGAGCCCAGCUGCUUGCUCGACUUGAAGGCAGAAGCUUCCUGAAAAAGCUUGAACCGUACCUUUUUGCUGAGGAAGGCUAUCCCAUUCAUGGAGAUAUUGUUGAAUUCCAUGGUCCAGAAGGAACAGGAAAAACUGAAAUGCUCUAUCACCUUGUGGUCCGCUGCAUUCUUCCAAAAGCGGGAGAGGGCUUGGAAGUCAGCUUGCUUUUUAUUGAUACUGACUUCCAUUUUGACAUGCUGCGUCUGGUGACCAUUCUGGAACACAGGCUGUCCCAGAGCUCCGAGGAACUGAUCAAGCAAUGCCUGGGGAGGUUUUUCCUCGUGACCUGCAACAGCAGCGCUCAGCUGCUUCUCACCCUUUACUCUUUGGAAAACAUGUUGUGCUCUAACCCUUCGCUCUGCCUCUUGAUGAUUGACAGCAUGUCAGCCUUUUAUUGGAUCGACAGAGCAAACGGAGGGGAGAACUUCAGUCUGCAGGAAGCAAACCUGCGGAGGUGCUCUCAGUGUCUUGAGAAGCUCGUCCGAGAGUAUCGCUUGGCCUUGUUUGCGACAACCCAAACCAUCAUGCAGAAAUCAUCGAACUCUGCUGAAAGCUCUGCGAAACUCCAGUUUGAGGCAGAUGUGGACUACCGGCCUUACCUCUGUAAAUCGUGGCAACAACUGAUAACCCAUCGUAUCUUUUUCUCCAAACAAUGCCAUCCAGGCAGCACCAGUGGAUUUUCAAUCGCAUCUUGCCAUAUCCCCAGUAACAGUGUUGUAAAGCGCCCAUUUAGCAUUUCAGAAUGUGGAAUCCAGUUUUAAUGGUGGGCUGUUUUUAAUAGUGUACA